UAAUGAAAGUUUAUCGCAUCUUUGUCUGCGGGUUCUUGUGUGGUCGUCCUGUGAGCGGUCAGCUGCGCAGAGGAGAGGGGCACCAGUGACGUCACGGUGCAUUUCUGAGUGGACCCAGAUUGCUGACCUGCUGCAGGAAGCAAGCACAUCACCAAAAAGCAGAGGAGGGCAGACAGUUGAAGCCAAAGGAGAAGAAAGGGCAGGUGUCUGAGGGUGGAAAAUCAGGGGACCAAAACAAAACAGCUGGAAUAGAAGAUGGGUGGACGAGUGAGCUGCUGGCUGCUGCUCACACUGUCUCUGAAAGGUGUUCUUGCAGGUGAUUGGUCAGUUAGUCUUCCCUCCAAUCCUAUUUCUGCUGUGAUUGGUUCCUCUGUGGUUCUCCCUUGUUCCUAUGACUUCCCUUCUUCUGAGGCUGAGGGACGGCUCUCUGCUCAGGGUGGAGGAGGAGGAGGAGAGUACAACGUUUCGUCUGAGAUCUGGUGUCUCGAAGACAGUCGCUGUAUCACAUCAAGAUAUGUCUUCCACAGUGCCGGUAUAUUCCUACAUCCAUCCUACCAGAACAGGGUGGAGUACCCACAACCAGGAACCAAAAACUGUUCUCUGAGGAUUUCUGACCUGAGGAAGUCAGACAGUGGAGCGUAUGUGUUUUACCUCAUCACCAGCCACCCCACUCAGAAGAUGCCAGAGCAGAAAGGAGUACAGCUCCUAGUGGCAGACUCCUCCAGUGCAGUCACGGUGUCAGCGAGUCCCUCCAGUGACAUCACAGAAGGCGUGGCCCUGCGUCUGGCCUGUGGCAGCCCUGCGGCCAGUCCCCAGGCCCUCUUCAGAUGGUACAAGAGCACAAGCAGCACCCCGAGACACACUGGACAGGUGUGGGACAUCAGUGAGGUGACACCUGGAGACUCUGGCAGCUACUACUGUCAGAUACAGACUGGAGAUAAAGAGCAGAACUCAACAAUGCUGCCUAUUGAUGUAGAAUACUCUCCUCGCAACACAGCGGUCUCAGUCUCUCCUGCUGCAGAGCUACAGAACGGGCUUCCUGUGACUCUGACCUGCAGCAGCGAUGCUAACCCUCCUGUCCACACAUACACCUGGUACCAGGGGGCAGCAUGUCUUCUGGCAGCCGACAAAAGCUUUAAUCGAGGCAGAAAAUCUCCGGCUACACCUACAGGACGAGGCCCGACACUCAGCAGUGCCAACAUCUCCGCUGAAGAAUAUGGGCUGCACUGCUGCGAGGCUCGGAACAGACAUGGAUCACAGACUGAGAGUGUGAAACUCACAGAUCCAGAAGCAACGGACCCAUCCGAGUCUUCAGGAAAGAGAUUGCUGAUUAUUGGAGUGACUGUCUGUGUUAUCCUGGCUUUAGUUGCCAUAGUGGCCUUUCUCUUGUCAAGGAGACAGAAGUCAUCAAGACAUCAGUCGUAUGUCCUCACAGAGACAUCUCCUCCAGCACCUUGAGGCUUCUUUCAGCACAAAUACGAGAACGCUUUUUUUCUGGAUUUUCUGGAGUUGACUUUUGCUUUAAGAGAAUACUCAAGCAAAAGAAUAACUAUGUAAAUAGAUUUACUCUUUUGGCUCUUAUCUGUUCAUUUGUUUACAUAAGCUUAAAGGUGGGGUAGGUAGGCCUAAUUGACUUCAGAAACACUUUUUGUUAUAUUCCAUGGAAUGCUCUUAACAUCCCGAUAGCAAUGAAUAUCUUAAGUGCUUUGACAAUAAAUACAUAAAACAAUAUCAUCUGUGGAAGCCGUAGUACUGUAAAAAGCACGACCAAUCAUCUGAGCCGGCCCGGCUAAAGUAACUGGAUGGCCUACCUGCCUGUCAGCCUUCCAUCUGUGCACAACCUUAUCUCGUGCCCUCAUUGGUCAUGUGAACAUUCAUGUCAUGUGUGUUGGAGGAGGAGCUCUGUAAGGAAGUCUGAAGGAAGGGGCAGAUUUAUUUCGGCUGCAUACUUUCCAAUUAUUGCGCACUGGAGCUGUUUUCUCCAUUCUUACCUACCCUACCUUUAACUGUUAUUGUGCUUUUGGAUUAGUUUAAUGCUGCUGUCAGGAUAUAACAUAGUGAUAAAAUAUACAAAUGUAUUUAUUAUCACCCAAUUUCCUUUUUUCUACUGCACUUAAACAACACGCAGAGUGCACCCAGUACGGCAGUGUCCAGAAAACAGCUGUUGCUCAAAGCCUAUUAGUGAUGAUGCAGAGCAAGAAGAUGAUGACAGAAAAUACAUUCAUAAUGAUCCAAUUAAAAGCUGUUAGCUGUAAGCUCUGGGUCACAUUUGUGUGUUCUUGAGUAAACGCUGCAGAGUGAUAAGGCUCUAACAGAUACUGACCAGAGCCUGAGGAUGAAAACCAGGAGGACAGUGACUCUGAAACCCGGACAUCCAUUUACAAAUUGUACUUGGAUAUCAACUCUUCAUCUUGUUCAUCUAUUUUUAGAAAAAAAACGUAAUGUUUAUGAUAUUGAAGUGCGAUGAGCUAAGAUAUGCUGAUUGAGUGACCAAAUAUUUAAAGAGACAGUUUCAUGUCAGUUCAUGUGUUGUUUUCUUUGGUUGUAUGCUUGUAUUUAUUAUUCACUUUCAAAGCGAUAGCUCACCACAAAAUCAAAAACACAUAUUUUUCUUGUUACAUACAUAACAUACAUGUUGCUAUUUAAAGGGGCCCUAUUGUGCUUUUUGGGUUUGUCCCUUUCCUGUAGUGUGUUAUUGUUGUGUCUCGUCAAAUGUGUUAGUUAUGUUCAUGUAUUUU